CAAUUUCUAGGUAAAUCAUUAUAAAACACGUACAUAAUUUUAAAAUUUUAAGUGUUUAUCAUGUCGUUGCCAGUAAAUAUUAUCGUGGUACUCUGUGUAAUAUUCACAAUUAUUGAAAAUGAUGCAGCUAGUGAUUCCAGUCAACUAGUAGCUCUUGUACAGAUAUUUAGGCAUGGAGAGAGAUCGCCCAUCACAUUUUACUCAACUGAUCCAUAUGCAAAUGCUUCCUACUGGGAAGAUCUUGGCGGUGAGCUAACUAACCGAGGAAAACGUCAACACGAAGCUCUUGGUCAACACACACGAAGAGUAUAUUCAGAUUUUCUUCCUAUACGAUACGAUCCCAGUGUUUUAUACGCUACUACAACCGACGUACACAGGACCCAUAUGUCGGGCCAAUGUAAUCUUUAUGGUAUGUUUCCAGCAGUAGGUAACAAUGUUUGGAAGGAAAACCUUAACUGGCAGCCGAUUCCGCUUCAUCAAGCAGAUCCACAUAUAUUUAAUGGAAAUCCAUUUGACUGUCCAAACUAUGAACUACUGUUUGCUGACUUAUGGCAGCAAGAAGAAUAUGUAGAACUUUUAAAGAAAUAUCAAGACGUUUUUGAAUAUUUGACUGAACAUACUGGUGAUAAUGUAACAGAUUUUAUGAGCGCUACUACAGUUCAUGAUUGCUUGCUGAUCGAAGAUGGUGUUGGUUAUAAACUGCCUGAAUGGGCUAGUAAGGUCUAUCCUGAGCCCUUAGCAACAAUGGCAGGGAUUGGCUAUAAGUCUUUAACUGAUUCACUUGAACUGCAGCAAUUUUAUUCUGGACCACUUCUCAAUGAGAUCGUAGAAUAUCUUGAUGCUAAGGUCUCAAACCCACUGGCUGGAGAAAAAUAUCGAAUAUACAGUGGACAUGAUUCCAACAUUGCAGCACUCCUAAAUACCUUCAUUGACUUUGGUGUACCCUACUCUCCAGCUUUUGCAAGUACCAUUUAUAUUGAAUUACGACAGAUCUCAUCCGACGACUUCUAUGUCAAUGUGUAUAGCAAAAAUAAUGAUGAUGUUAAGAAAAUAACAGUUAGGAACUGUGCUCUUGCUUGUCCUUUUGAAUCAUUUAAGAGAGAAUUACAAGCAGUUUUACUGGAUGUCGAUACUUUUAAAGAAAAGUGCACAGUCUCCAAACCAAAUAUUGUAAUAAAUGAGCAGCAUCAAAAAAUUAUUGAGAGCUAUAGAAAAGUUAAAAAGUUAUUCAAUUGCCAGAUAGACCCUUUUGACGGUGCUGCGCCAUUAGUUCUCACAGCAAGAAAUUCAUCAAUAUUAUACCCAGAAUCCGGAGAAACAACAUUAAAGUUCCGCAACGGAGAGACUGUUAACUUUGCUUGCCCUGGAGACAAAAUUUUACUUAAUGGAUUAAUGUACCAAACAAAAGUGGAAGCCAGGUGUUUGUCCAACUCGCAGUUUGAAGUUUUUGGAAAGCGAUAUUUUUGGCGCGAUAUAGCGUGCAGUGUCAAUCCAAGAGCUACAAUAAAGUACACAAAUUCUUACUGCGCUAGAGAUGCAACAAUGGUGGAAAUAGGUUUUGAUUUAGGAAACAACCAGUUUGUAUCUAUUAUGGAUAUUUGCUUUAACACAUUAUCCCAAAUAGCACUUUAUUCUCGUUAUGACAUAACAGCAUCCAUACAUUCAAACGAUGAGACCUUUAGCAGACCAACAUUUUAUGAAGAUCGAGACAUGUAUAAUUUAAAAGGUCGUAUUGAUACAUACUAUAAAAAAAAUCGACAAAGAACUACUAUCAACAAUUUACUAGGAUUACCACCCACAUCAUCAAAGUACAUAAGUAAUGGAGAUUUCUUUUUAUCCAGAGGACAUCUAGCUGCCAAAUCUGAUUUUCUUUAUGGUUUCCAACAGAAUGCUACUUUUAGGUGAGUAUGUUAUAGCAAAUAUAUUUAUUUUAUUUAGGAUUUAAUAAUAAAGAAGAAUUUUUAUUAAAAGAGGACGUUUCAGCUACUGCAUUAUAACUUCAAACCACAUCUAUUAUGUCCUGCUCCCAUCCAAAUUUUAUGCAUUUUAAGUCAUUGAUUUGUCGUGUUGGUAAUUGCCCGAC